UCCUUCUACUCACCCCUGCAACCAAGCUUGUUAUUAACCGAAACUCAUGGAAGAAGGAGAUCAGUUAUGCCUCGCAGCCAAAACCAACGACUUAAAAAAACUCAAAACCCUAAUAACCUCCGGCGCCGACGUCUCCCACUUCGACGCCACCGGUCUAACACCGUUAAUGCACGCCGCGAAAACCGGAAACACCGAGAUAAUCUCAGCUCUCCUCGAAGCAGGAGCUCCAUGGAACGCAUUAUCCCCUACCAAUCUCUCAGCAGGAGACUUCGCAAUGGAGGCAGGACACCAAGAAGCGUUCGACCUCCUCCUCAGAACCGGAAUCCAAUCGGAACUAAUCUUGGGAACAAUCGCUCGUAAAGAAACAAAAGAUGAAUACUCAAACCAAGAGUAUCUACAAGACAGAGUCACUUUCAGUGAAGACAAGAUUAUGGAUAAUGAGAGAAAAGGAGUUAUGAUGGCUUGGGAGAAACCGUUGAUGGAGGCUCACGCUAAAGCCAUAUGUAACAACGGUGGGUCCAUUUUAAACAUUGGUUUCGGUAUGGGACUUGUUGACACAGCGAUACAGAAGUAUAAUCCGACGAAACAUACUAUUAUUGAAGCACAUCCGGAUGUGUACAAGCGUAUGGUUGAGUCUGGUUGGGGGGAGAAGGAGAAUGUGAGGAUUGUUUUCGGGAGGUGGCAAGAUGUUGUUGAUGAUGAGCUUGAUGAGUGUGGUUACGAUGGGAUUUUUUUCGAUACGUAUGGAGAGUAUUAUGAGGAUUUGUGGGAGUUUCAUCAGAAGUUGCCGAAGCUUUUGAAAGCUGAUGGGGUUUAUUCGUAUUUUAAUGGGUUUUGUGGGAGUAAUGCGUUUUUUCAUGUGGUGUAUUGUAAUCUUGUGACGUUGGAGAUUGAGAGUUUGGGGUUUAGUACUCAGUUGGUGCCGUUGCCGGUUAAGGAUUGUCUUGGUGAUGAGGUUUGGGAAGGUGUUAAGCAGAAGUAUUGGCAGCUUGAUACUUAUUAUCUCCCUGUUUGUCAGUUUAGUGAGUGAAGGUUUCGUUAAGUUUUUAGCAAGUUUUGUAAUCCUUUUGAUAAUUUUUAGUUAUGAAAGAUUAAUGUUUGUUAAUUGCUGAUUUUUCUUAUAAAUUGUAAAUUUGAUGUGAGUAAAUAAUGUAUAUCCAUUUUCUCUUUGCUAAGGGAAGAAUUUGGAUUGAACUGAAGUACUAAACUGUAGAAAAUUGACCUGGCUU